UUCGUUUCCUAGUCAUUCCAGUUCCUUCCUUAAAAAUAAACUCCACUUCCACGAGAUGGGUGUAUCUUACCUGGAGUGCACCAAUGGGAAACGUGUCGAGCUACAGGGUGGAGUCAGCAGGUUUCAAAAACUUCACGGUGACCACAGUGUUUGCUAAUGUCACUGGACUUGAACCUGGUACCCAAUACUCACUGCGGGUCACAGCUCUGGGUGCCAACAGUGUUGAAAUUGCUGAAGACAUAGUCACAGGAUAUACAAAUCCUGAAGCGGUUACCAGUUUGACAGUGCGUUCCACUACAACUACGUCCAUAUUCCUCCAGUGGAGUGAGCCCAUUGGAAAUGUAUUUAGAUACAGGAUUGUGACCAUUGGAAAUCAAGGCAAUAACAUGACGGUCAGCUCUUUAUUUGCAAAUGUGACUGGAUUAGUUCCUGGUAAUGGUUAUACACUGCUGGUCAUCUCUCUGGCUGCCAACAGUGUCACAGAAGGGACACCAGUCAGUAUCUUCAAUUAUACAAACCCUGACACCAUCAAACAUUUGACUGUUUAUAACAUCCGUUUAACAUCCAUCAGUCUCCAGUGGGAUCCACCAGAGGGCAGUGCUGCUGCCUACAGAGUAGAGUCAAUAGGACCCAGCCAUUCAAGUAUUACAGUCAGCACCUUAUUCACUGAAAUAAGCGGGCUGGUACCUAACAGUUCCUAUAUAGUGCAGGUUAUUGCUGUGGCUGCAGAUUCUAAAACUGAAGGACAACCUGUAAAAACUUCAGUAAAUACAGGAAUACCAAUAACAACAAGGAUCCAGGCCUCACUUCUUUCCUAUGUUGAAAUUAAUGAAGAAAUGGAAGCAGUAAUUGUUGACAAGCUUAACAUUUUAGUUCAGAAAUACCUGCCAACCAACACCUUUACUCUGAGAUGGAAAGGAAAAAGAAGACAAAUCGUUUGAAUGCCCAUCUAAUUCUCUCCAGCUGGACAGUAAUAUGUAAUUAAUACUUCAACCAAUGGGAGGAAGUACUGUUUGUUUUGUUCUUGUAUGGCAACGUAAUUAGUUUACCUCAAUGGCUAGUUCUGAUGGACCAAAUAUGAACGUUUUCAUUAAUUAUAGAAAGUAGUUUCUGACACCCUGAGCAAUUUCUAGGCCUUUUUAUGUCUAUGAUAUUCGCUUUGUCUUUUUGGUAUAUGACUUAAAGUUUCUGACUGCAAGAGAGGUCUUGAAAUCAGUGUCAAGAUGCCUGUACAAUUAAUAUGCAUAACAUUCUGGGGGUCCUAUCAAAACGUAGGAUGACAGGAUUUUUUAUUUGGCCAAAUCCUACAAAUUAAAUAUAUGUAUUUAAUUGUAUGAACUGCAAAAAGUGAAUAUUAUGUAAAGCUAUUUAUAUUUAGUUAGCUUUUAAACUUUUAAAGAUUAAUAAACGGGACCCUUAAUCUUCAGAUAAUAAAAAUUAAAAUUCCGAUAAUUUUAAUCAAUUAUUAUCAUUGACCAUUUAAUUGCCAUAUCAUUGCCAUUUUUUGUAUCAAUAUGCAUUUGCUUGUUCUAGAUACUGAAGGGGAAAUUUAAAUUCUAAGACAGAGGUUACUAAUAUGUACUAUUUGAGUUAAAUAUAUAGUUGUGUGUGUGUGUGUAUAUAUAUAUAAGAAGGCUCCACAGCCGAAACGUUGUUUUCUUUCUUCUUUUUUUCAGUACAGAAUAAACCUAUUACUUGUUCCUAUAUAAAUAUAUAUGUGUAUCACAUUUGCUUUGCCAGUAAAUACAUUUCCCACAUAACACAUUUUCACAUUAUUAUAUCACAAGGAAAUGAACAAACACAGCACUUUCCAAGUGUAUUCCACCAUUAGAGCAAUACCCAAUCUGCAAAACAUACUGUUCUAUUCAAUGAAGCAACAUGUAAAACAGGAUAAAUUAUCUUCUUAGAAUAUUCAAGGAGAUUUAUUUUUGUGAUACAGAAGAGUACAAAAGACUACUUUUUGAUACCUCUGUUUCGCUAACUGAAGUUCCUGGAGUUUUAUUUUUUCUGCCAAAACUGAACUAAAAUAGAGAGAAAUACUUGCUGAGUAGUCGUUCUCUUGAUUAAAAUUGUUAAAAUAAUUAAAAUCAUGUUGAUUAGUCUCCCUGCUAUUUGUAUGGCUUUCUUUGAAAGUUGAAUAUAUUUUGGUCUAACUGCUGUGGAGAAUUUGGUUUAACCUGCUAAUAGCUGGUGCUGCUAUAAAAUACUGUGAAUGAAAUGCACUGUUGAUAUAUAUGAUUGAUAUUGUAGCGUUGUGCCCCUGGAAGCAGUCCAUCUGGGAGCCUCUGUACCCUGACCCCUUUGCCUUCUGUUUUACAGGCACUUUUCCCUUCUACCUGCCUCUAUAAAAAGGGGCCCCUUUCCCCUACUCUCUCUUUCAUACAAACCCAUAAGCUGAGCUCCAAGCUUUGCCUCCUGCCUGCCUCUCCUUCCUAAGUGACUUGCACGCCCAUGUACCAGAAAAGGGCAAUCUCUUCUGCCUCUCUUGACAUACCACCGCCUGUGCAACCGGGCAAGGGGAAACAGGGGGGAAUCGCUGCAGUCUCUACAAAUCUAGGGUAUGUACCAGAUGAUACA